AUGACGCUGCUGCUCCUGGCAACAGCGACUAAUGCUUGGAAGUUCACUAUCUACGGUGACGGCGACUGCGAGUCGACUCCGUCUGGUGACCUUCGGGGAGACGGUAAUCAAGGCUGCGAAAGUAUUCCCAACCCUCAUAGAGGGUUCUGGCUCGAAGAAAUGGGUAACUGCCAAAUUGAUCUGUAUGCCAACGAGGACGAUUGCAACAAUGGUGUACCGCAGCAGUUUUAUGAUGCGACCAAUCAGGACGUCUGCAUUGGCCCUCAGUUCCAAUGGGACUACUAUACUGUAGUUGGGUGUUAG